UUGAUCGCUGCGUUGGAGUCGGCGGCAGUCACAGGGCGCUCGUACUGUAUACUUAAAGGUCUGAGGACUGAGCUACUCUGGUCCGAUCCAUCCUUACUUUCACCCAACCUUCACCCUACAUUCGCUGGCGCUGAGCAGGGGUCCAAUAUCAUGUCUGUGCAAGCCCUGGAGCAACCCUUUCGAGAUGCCAUCGCGGACGGCAAGAUUCAUGGCGUCGUGAUGGAGGGGCGGUCGACCUCAGGCGCCGUGUACUCAAAGUGCAUCGGCACGCAGACUGCCCUCGACGGUAGCACGAAGCCCCUUUCGCCCGACUCGCUGCCGUACAUGGCAUCGGCCACGAAGCUGCUGACCACGCUCGCGGCGCUGCAGCUCGUGGAGCAGGGGAAGCUCUCCCUGGACGAAGAUCUCCGCCCCACUUUCCCAGAUCUGACCGCGCUGGGCGUCCUCACGGCCUUCGAUCCAGACACGAAGCAGGCGACGACGGUCCCACUAACCAAGCCCCUCACGCUCCGCCACCUGCUCACGCACUCAGCGGGCAUGGACUACACGUUUGUGAACCCCCUGCGCGCGAAGUACCACGCCGCGCACCCGCCACCGCGGCCUGCGCCCGACCAGGUGUCCCGAGUUCUCAUGCCAGGGACGUACCAGCCGGGCGAGGGCUGGAUGUACGGCCACGGGCACGACGUGGCGGCCUUCCUCGUCGAGCGCGCGUCCGGGCAGCGGCUCGACGCCUACCUGCGCGAGCACGUCUUCGCCCCCGUGGGCGCGCCGCCCUCCGACAUCUCGUACUUCCCCGUGCGCGAGCGGCUGGGCGCGCGCAUGCCCGACCUGAACCCGGACGACCCGGAGGGGAAGGGGCUGGCGGCGGUGGGCGGGUUCGACUUCACGGACGGCGGCGACGUGUGCUAUGGCGGGCACGGGGCGUAUGUCGCCGCGCGCGCGUAUGUGGCCGUGUUGGAGAGUAUUCUGAAGAACGAUGGGCGUGUGUUGGGUGGGGAGAUGGUGCGGGAGCUGUUCAGGCCGCAGCUGGAAGGGAAGGCCAACGAGGCGCUGCAGGCCGCUCUGGCGGGGCCAGGGGGACCGAUGUUCGGCUGCGGGACCGCGGGGGAGGGGCGGAACAUGGGGCUGGGUGGGCUCUUGGUCGGCGAUGGCGAUGAGGACCUGGGGCAGGGCACGCUCAUCUGGG